ACCCACAAACAUGACCGUAUAAUACCGGAGAUAGUAGCCACCAAGAUGUCAUCGAGGUGUGUUCGUAGAACCAUGACUGCAUCUCCUGCGGGUCCAGCUACACUACCGUAUACCAGUCUUCUUUCGAGGGGGUAGAUGGCGUCAACGUACUUGACUGCUGAGGGUGAUCUGGCGAAUUUCAGUACACAGGAAACUUGUAGCCGUCAUCUUACAUAAACCUAGCCUCACAAGUAUCUGUCUGGUACCAUGGCGACUGUUUGGACAUGGACCGCGCAUGGCGAAGAACAACUGAACAGAAAGAAAGCACAGGUGAUAUGGUACUGUGAGGGAACUUCAGUAACCGAGAGUCCUUGGCGUACCAUAAGGCCAUCCGCAAAACUGUGGACCAGGUCGAGAUCUCGAUGUCAUAUGAGGGGGCUAAUACCGGGUAGCUACCUCUACCGUACCGUAACUGCCUUUGCUCGAGGUAUUCAGGGAGGUCUCGCGUACUGCAGGAGGAAAAUAUGUGGUAUGGUGACGUACGGGAUCGCCGUGAGCUCAACAUCGGGCAACCACCAAAAAACGGUUGUUGGUAAGAAUCCCGAUCACAACGAGCCCGCCUCGGCGAGAGCCCAGCCGAGUAGGACGCAGUGGUUCCUCUGGCCUCUCAGAGAGGCGGGAAAGAAGCACGCUGGCCAUCGUAGUUCCAGGAUCAAGCUCGGUGUGUUGCUAUCGUCUUUGCUCCUUCCUAAUUGCCGUCGUGGCUUAGCGACGACUUACCCCAGGUAUAGUCACCGACGUCGGUGUGCAGGCAAUGUGGUGCGCGAAAGGUAGGUCUCGGGUAGCCCUUCAUUGUCAACAGAAAUGGGCCGAGAUAGAUUUGCUGGAAAAGGGGGGUCAAGGUGUUUGGGACCGCUACCUUUGGGGAUAACAUCAUUCAUGA